AUGUCUGCUCCUGAAGCCGCUGCAUCUGCGGGGCAAGACAAUGCGGAUUCCCACGCCGAACUAAAUGUGUCCAAGCUUCAUUCUCUCCCCUCCGAGCAGCAAGACCUGUACCUCCUGAGGUUUACCGCGGAUCUCGUUCAAUAUGCUGCAACACUCGAUAAAGUAGGCCUAUCUUCCAAACAAAGGUCAAUCAUCCAGGAACUCUUUAAAAUAUUGAAGCUCCCAUCGCCCAGCCCUACUAGAGUGAUACGAAAUAAUAUUGGCCGAUGCUUCAACGCCAUCUUCAGCAAGGGCGACCGAAGCACGCUCUAUGACAGUGUCACACAGCUUUUGGGGAUACUCAAUGCAGGAAAGAGUGAUUGGGAGCUGAAGACUAAGCAUGCGGCAGCUGUCGCGAUAGGCGAUAUCUAUGCGAGUGCUGGAGACAGUCUGUUCACACAGUCAAGUGUCGUCUGUUCUGCCCUGUUGAGGCUAUUCAAGUCGGCCCAAAACCAUGCAGGGUUGAGAAUUUCAUUAUAUACGGCCUUGAAAAAGGUGAUUGGAGGGAUCAGCUCACCCGCGGAUGAGCAGACAGCGAAGGAUAUCUGGAAGCAUGCUCGAAAUACAGCCACGAACGACAAGGCCAUCGCCGCCCAAGUGAGUGCCUGUUAUUGCCUUGAGCAGUUGAUUAAGAGCACACCAUAUUUUGGAACUCUAGCCGAUUUUGAGAACCUCAAAGCUACAGUUUGGAAAGUGAUUGACAGCCCCAGUCCCUCCGUAAGGCAUGCAGCCGCCUCAUGCCUUGCGGCCUUUCUGAUCAAAGCUCACGCAAAUGGAAACCAGGCGCAGGAAGUGCCGACCAUUCGACGGCCCAAAAAGCAACCAAAGAAACAGACAACUUCCCCUGACGGUGAUGGAGUACCUGAGCGAGCGCAAUCGCCGCAACCCCCUGCAGGCCGAAAAGUGGACCUUCAUAUUUCGUUCAAACUCCCUGAGCUUUUAAAACAACUUUCUUUGCAGUACUGCCGAAGCUCAACAGGCAACCGUGCAAGGGCAGGAAUUUGUAUGUGUUAUAAGCAGAUCCUCAGAGGUCUCGGUAAUGCCUUUGUUGAAGAGCAUUAUGCGGAAAUUGCCGGUCAUUUUCUAGUUACCCUAUUAAGCCACCCAACCAUAACUUACAAUCGGUACCGACUCCUGAUGACCAGGCAAUUUAUCAGGAACUUGCUGGAGGAUACUGUGGGCUGUGAGAUACUUCGCGAAAACAGUCGAAUUAACGCCGCCAAAUGGCUGGUUAAUGGCGUGCUCAAAGAUUAUCCGAAAGUAGUCCAAGAGCGACCCGAACCAAGCAAGUACACUUUAACAUGCACCCUGAGUGCAUUGUCUGCCAUUAUAUCCUCGUUAGGCUCUGCCAUCGCGAUUAUCGGAGACAGCUGUCGUGAUGCGCUACUCCAAAUACUCCAGCAUCCUAGUUACACCGUUCAAAUACACACUGCCAGGUGUUUGCGCAACUUUGUCCUUGCUUGUCCUCAGCAACUCCUCUUUUGUGUGACUGUCUGCAUGAAUAGCCUCAACAGAGAGAUUGGUCAGCUAUCCACUCCACGACAUUCCAAUAGACGAUGCCUUGGAUAUGCCCACGGUUUAGCGUCUAUGCUAAGUACCUCUCGACUGCAGCCACUGUAUGGCUCCGUCGAUGUAUACGCACGGGUCCUAUCACGAGCUACAGAUCUCCUAAAAACAAGUAGUAGCUUGGAAUUGAGAAUUGCAAGCACACAAAUACAGGUUGCAUGGAUUUUAAUUGGAGGUCUAAUGCCGCUUGGACCUAGCUUCACUAAAAUACACCUCAACCAGCUACUCCUGUUAUGGAAAAAUGCACUUCCAAAACCGUUGCCUAAAGAUAACCUGGCUCAACGCGGUCCUCUGGAGAUGAGUUUUCUGGCCCACGUCCGAGAAUGCGCCCUCGGUUCAAUCUACGUUUUUUUAGAGUUUAAUAGCAACCUCGUAACAGCAGACGGAUCAAGACGUAUUGCUGCAAUGCUUCAGAAUACGGUGAUGUUUUUGGACAACCUACCCAAACUCAAAUCCGCGGAAGAUUUAUCUCAACGGCUAUCGCCCUCGCUACAAUUAAAGGAUUUCGCUACAAUGAUUCGUCGACGUGUAUUGCAGUGUUUUUCCAAGAUAGUCAAUGUAGACCAUGCGAAUUCAGAAGUUCUUUCUUUGCCGAAUAUCUUAGGUCUGGCAAUCUCAUCAUUUGCUGAUCCAGAGGUUGUCUCGGCAAAUCCAUUUGAUACAUCCAUUGCUAGUUCGACUACUCACUUCGAUAACAUAUGGGAUCUUGACGAUAAUUUUGGAUUUGGUGUAACCGGUUUAGCACAUGAGUAUGUUGUCGAGAUCAUCUCUGGGCGUCGCAAAGGAGAUAACUCGCCCGGUUGGAUAGCAGUGGAAUUGUCUGACCAAGCAAUUGACCAUAUCUUAUUGUCCCCUACAUGCCAAGCAAUGGAGCAUGACUCUGUACUCCUCUAUUCGGUGAUUGAUCGAGAUGGCGGCUCGUACUCGGACCCUUCCGACACUGAAGUUGUAAAUGCUGCAAUAGAUUUAUUUGCGAAGGCGUUGCCAUUACAAUCCCCCAAGGUUCAGGAAAGUAGUGUAGAGCAAAUAGCCACAUUACUCUCUGCCCAAAGUCUAAACCGCAACCCUGGGCGAAGAUCAGCCAUGACCGUCAAUAUUGCUGUGGCCCUGCUCCUUACUCUUAAAAUUGCCGUGAAGGAGACCCCAUCGGCGCCUGGGAGCUUGAGAUAUCCGGCAACUGAGAAGGUUAUGCAGGAGCUUAUUCAGACAUUUGCUAUCCACGCCGAUCCUAUUGUACGGUAUAUAGGAUCCGAAGCGCUAGGAUUGUUAUGCAAUAGCUCCGGCAAUGCCUUUACGAAUAGCCAAAUCAAUUCCCUAGUCGAUUUGAUUGUCGAAAACCGAGAUCCUAGCACGCGUGCUGGGUGUGCAACUGCUCUAGGUUGUAUUCACUCUCAAGUUGGUGGCAUGGCAGCUGGUUUCCAUUUGAAAACCAUUGUGGGCGUCCUCAUGUCGCUCUGUAGCGAUCCACAUCCGAUAGUUCAUUUUUGGGCAUUAGAAGGCGUAGGGCGAGUGGCAGAAUCUGCAGGUUUGACAUUUUCAGCCUACGUGUCAAGCACCCUCGGCAUGCUUGCUAGGUUGUAUAUAGCCGAUACCCAUAACGAAGAGGCCUCGUCAGUGACAACAUCCAAUCUGGAAGCCGCAUUUCCCACUCCUGUAUCUAUUAGCCGUUGUGUUGAUUCGUUGAUCAACGUGCUUGGUCCGGAUUUACGGGAUAUUUCAAAAACUCGAGAACUAAUUUUCACACUCGUCAAGGAAUUUCAGCUUGAAAAGUCAACAGCCUUGGUAGUAGAAAGCUCUAAAUGUUUGGACCAUUUAUCUUUAUAUGCCCCAAGCCACUUGGACUUCUCAGCCUAUGUUCGAUGGCUUCAACAAGAACUUGCAUCCAAAAAAGCGUCCAUGCAGGAUGCCUCUAUUCGAGGUUUCAACAACUUGAUGAAAAGGGAUGCCGAUUUGGUUGUUCGGACUGCCUUGCCAAGUCUUGAGGAUGAAUUUUGGCUCGCCUUUGACACUGCGACGGAUAACGAAGCGUUAAAAAACAUUAUCCACAAUUGGAUGCAGCAAACUGGGCUCACGGAUACAGAUGUUUGGAUACAACGGUUUCAGAAAGUCCUCACGAAGACACGAUCGAAACAACACGAUGUUCCUCAACCCGCCACGGUCAAUACCGCUCCUAUUCAUGAUAUUGCAGACGACGAAGUAGCGGGAUUUGCUGCAGCCGUUGGAGGGGAGCCCGGCGAACCAGCCAACGAGUCUUCCUCUGGUCAGGAACUGCUAAGGUGGCAAACCAGAAAUUUCGUUAUGAGUUGCUUAAGUGAGCUUUUGUCCAUGGUCAGCAAAGAACUAUUGCCCGAUCAAACAAUCCCCGCGGAAAUGGCCCUGCAAGAAAGAGUUGGCGAUAUCAUUCGAAUGGCGUUUUCUGCAUCAACUGCCAAUGUCAUCGAACUUCGAGUUUGGGGUUUGAAGAUAAUUGAUCAAAUAUUGAAGAUGUUUGGCAAAACGCCAGAUCCCGAUUUUGCAGAAGCGUCACUCUUGGAACAAUAUCAAGCUCAGAUUAGCUCCGCAUUAACUCCCGCAUUUGCAGCGGACUCGUCAUCUGAGUUAGCCUCGGAGGCGAUUAAUGUUUGCGCAACCUUCGUUGGUACUGGAAUCGUAACUAACGUGGAUCGCAUGGGUCGUAUUUUCAAACUGCUAGUUGUUGGCCUCGACAACUUUGCGAACAGGAAUGACGCCACAGAGAUCGGUGAUCUCAAUGGGCUUAAUUAUAAUGCGCGUGUUAUGGUGAAGCUUGCGCUCUUCUCUGCUUGGGCUAAAUUACAGAUAGCAAGCAACGACCAGAAUUGGCUGGCUCAGAUUGUGCAACCGUAUACCGCUAUUCUCACUCCGCUUUGGCUUGCCUCCCUCCAGGAAUUUGCACGCCUCAGAUUUGAACCAGAAAUAUCCAGCACUCUUGGCCCUAGCGUGUCUGACAAUCUGGACGAAGUGUAUGCAGCAUUGAACCGGGAAACAUUAUUGAAGUUUUAUCAAGAUUCCUGGCUGAAUUUUGUUGAUGCGAUCGCUAGUUUGGUUGAGAAAGAUAGCGAUUUUGUUUUUGAUGCCCUCGACGGGAAACUCGAACCGUCAAAAGAAGUAGUAACUCCGGAUAAACCCCAAGCAAAUGGCGAGAAGGAUAAAGGAACCCAUAUAAACUAUCGUGACGAACCGGUCGCCUUCUUUUUCAUUCUCUUUGGCCUUGCCUUCGAGGCCCUUGUUACUCAAAGCCAUGAACAAUCAAAUCAGUCACUGGAAAUCCUGCGAGCCUUGCGAAAAAUCCUGCAUCCAUCUGUUGCAGGAAAUGCAGUGUACCAACCCGCUGUAUUUUCUGAAACAAUGGAUACGUUGGACAGAUUAGUGAUGACCGAAGGUUCCAGUGUGCAAACAGUCAUUGUCCAAAUGGCACGAGAUCUGGCUCUGCACCAUCACUCUGCGCUCAACAACCAGCCUCGCUCUGACAAUCUAUCGGACGAUAUUGAGCAACUUUUCGAACUCACACGAAACAUUACUCUUGUUCUUACAGGGCUCCUACCCAAUUUCGGUGAAUCUCCAACACACACUCGUUUUUAUGUAUCCGAUGAAGCGGCGUCCCUUAUUACACUAUCCCUCUCCUCGCUUGUCGAUGUCACCUCUGUUUUCCCCUCCAUCAUCCGCGCCGAUCUCCGCGCCUGUAUCCUCCAUAUCUUCACCACAAUCCUGGCCACAGGCAUCUGCCAAGCCGAAGUGGUCCCCCAAGCUCUCCCCAUAUUUCGCCGUUUCAUCCAGGGCAUCACCCGCCCAUCAAUGUCAACCGCUACUCCCCCUACACUCACCAACUCCAACUCCACAGCCUCACCUCCUCCCGCAGAAGCCCCGGAAAUUGUCUCUCGUCAAAUUCGCGGUUGCAUCUCCCGUCUUCUCCACACCCUCACAAUUGCCCAGCGCCGCGAAUCUGAGACCUCCCUCCCUUGCGCCAAAAACACACUUUUAUCCCUAACCAUCAUACUGACAACAAGCAGCCAUGUAAUUCCACCCCAAGAUCCCUUAAUCCCUCGCAUACUGUCCGAGUUUCUCGAUUGUUUACAAGACUUGGGCCUCGCUACCGUCGCUGCGGGUUGCCUCCGCUCCAUCCUUCUCAGCCCAUCCCCCCAGACUACUCGCUCCCCGACAGACGACGCUAUAGCUCGUUUCCUCCUCCCACGACUCAUCGCAUUCAUCAUGAGCCUUCCCACUAACGAACUUCAGGCACCUGUCGACCCCGAAAAUGUCAAGGGAACUGUCACCCUUACGCUCGCCUCCUUUAUUGGGUUAGGGACAAUUGCGCCAGCGAAUGUGCCGAUGGCAAUGGCUCUACUUAUCCCGGCGCUUCUGAUGCGCGCUAGGAAUGAAGGGGAAGGCACUUAUAAGGAAAUAGCUGCUGCGCUUCUUGAGCUAGCAAAGGUCGAUGCACAGACAUUUAGGGGUAUGGUGACCCGGAUGGAUGCUGAGCAACGAUCAUUUACAGAGGAGAUUCUGAGAAAGGGGGGAAUUGGGGGUGGAGGCGGGAAACAAGGCAAUGAUGGUGCUGAAGGAGCAGAUGGUGAAGAACAAAAUGUGCCGAGCAUUGCAUUGCGGAUGGACUUUUAG